AUGUACGACUUUGAGAGCAGUAUAAAUGCACCUGUGAAGAAAUGUAAAGCCAAUAAUGUCAACACUAUCAUUCAGCUGCGAGAUAAUAAGACUUUACGGGUUGGCUGCUGUUUAUUUGUGUGGUACAUUUUCUCCACGACCUCUACAUUUAUUAACAAGGUGCUCAUUAAAGAGCAUCAUGUCUCAGGCGAGAUGCUCACUAUGUGUCAUCAUUUUAUCAGUAUUAUCCUUGACUUUUUAAUGUUGACAUUCCCAAGUUCACCGACAAAUACGGGAGCUUGGCGCAUGCAAAGAACUUGCAUCCGUAACAUCAUGUGGAUUGUACCACUUAGUCUCCUGUCAGUUCUGGUCAAGACAUUGACAUACUGGAGCUAUAAUGUCGUGCCGGUAUCCAUCACACAAACGUGUAAAGCGUCGCAGCCUUUUUUCAAUGUGGUGCUGGCUUACAUGGCCUACCGUUCGCGGUUCUCUAUUGCCACGUACUUGAGUCUAGCCCCGAUCGUUUUUGGUGUUUUCAUGGCUUCCGUUUCUGAAAUGGGCAUAAAUGAUCUGGCCUUGUCGGGUACGAUGUUUGCCGUGACAUCUGCACUGCUGGGUGUUAUGCAGAGCAUGUAUGCAAAAUUCCUGCUGCGUCGCCAGAUUGUGGUUGAUACGGUGAACCUCCACUUUUACAGUGCGUUCGUGUCUUUUGCGAUCAACGCACCAUUUGUGCUCAUGUCGGCACGAGCUCACCAAGACAACUUUGUCGCAAGUUUUCCGUUCGGCAAGGUGUUGGUGUGUAGCCUGAUGUACUUUGUCAGCAGUUUCUGCUCGUCAUGGGUGCUGGGCGAGGUUUCUGAGCUCACCUUCUCCAUCAUGAGCACAAUGAAGCGCGUGGUUGUCAUUUUUAGCGCUGUGCUUUACUUUGGCAACCCCGUCACAUUUCAGUCGAUUGUUGGCAUGGCACUUGCGAUUGGUGGGGUGGCUAGCUAUCAGCUCCUCAAGAUUACGGAGAAAGGAUCUAAAAGGCUGCCAUUGCCGGUUACGGUCAAAUCGUCCGAAUAA